AAAGAAAUUUAAACAAAAAAAAAAAGAAAAGAGAAAAUGUUAAACGGAAGAGAAAAAAUGGGUAAUUUAGGUAUUGAUUGGAAGGAGUAUGCUUUAGGUGCCAAUCAUUAUAAAAGAAAAACUGUAGGAUUCGGCAAAUAUGAUAAAAAAGAAAGAGAACAUGAAAAAGAAAUUUUCAUUAGAGAAAUGUCAAUUAUUGAAGGUGGUAUAGGCUGUUCAAUUUGGGAUGCUGCUAUUAUUUUAUCAAGAUGGAUUUAUAAAAAUCAAAAUGCUUUCGAAGGCCAAAGUGUAUUAGAAUUAGGCAGUGGUGUUGGCUUACCUGGUAUCCUUUCUGCUUACUAUGCUAAAAAUGUUACAUUAACAGACUAUUUAAACCCAUUGGUAGAAAAUCUAAAGUAUAAUGUCGAAUUAAAUGCAAAGCAACAAGAAGGUUUCGAUAGCGAUGAUGAAGAGGCUCAAUCAGUAGAUAAAACUUUAGAUUUAAAUAAUAUUAGAAACAAAAUAAGCGUAGAAAAUUUAAAUUGGGACGAAAUUGAUAAUAAUACUGAUGAAAGAAAAUAUGAUAUAAUCUUUGGUAGUGAACUAACAUAUUCAAUGUUAAGUGUAGAUAAUUUAAUCAAAGUAAUUCAAAAGUUUUUAAAAGAAGAUGGUGUUUUUUAUGAAAUUUUAUCAGAUGAUAGAGAUGGUGUUUCAUAUUUCAUCGAAGAAAUGACUAAAAGAGGAUUUGUUAAUAAUAUAGUACCAGUCGAUUCUCAAUUCUUGGGUAAUUACUGCACAAAACAAAGACCUGAAACUUACAAGUUCUAUACAUUUAGAUAUGCCAAAGACGUCGAGUCAAAUAAACACAAAAAUCUUCAAUAA